GUCGGAGAUCGGGUAUCAUCGGAGGUACCGGCGACUAUACUCGGCAUAAAGUGGAGAACAAUUAUAGCCGACAAAGGCGUGAUCGUCUCCGCUUGGAGACAUCUCUAAGAAAUACGUCUUACAUAGGGCAAUCGAAUAAGAGGCAUAUUUGUUUUUGAUAGGAUUCAAAUAAUUGUAACCAUCAUCGCCUUCUGAGUCGUUAACCUCAUCAUGGCUCCGUUGAAGAUUGCUGUGUUAGAUGACUACCAAAAACUCUCUCAAAGCCCAUUCGAUGACUUACCAUCCUCUGGGUAUGAGGUGACAAUAUUCACCGAUACUCUACUUCCAUACAACCACCCUAAUACUCCCCAAGAUGCCAAAGAUGCGCUAGUUAAGCGCCUUGAGCCGUUCGACAUAAUUUCUUCGAUGAGAGAGCGGACGCCAUUCCCAGAAGAACUUAUCAAUCGGCUACCAAAUCUUAAACUUCUCCUCACCACCGGUAGUCGCAAUGCAUCCAUCAACGUGAAGGCAUGUUCCCAGCGCGGCAUCCCUGUGGCUGGUACCGAUGUGAAAGGGCCAAGUCCAGACUCUACGACACAGCAUUGUGUCGCCUUGAUCCUUGCGCUUGCGAGAAACAUCCCGCAAGACGAUGCUAUCAUGAAAUCCGGAGGUUGGCAGACAACUUUCGCAACGGGAUUGGCAGGGAAGGUGUACGGCAGCAUCGGCCUUGGUAGAUUAGGAGUGUCCGUCUCGAGGAUCAUGCACAUAGCCUUUGGGAUGAAGGUCGUAGCAUGGAGCCCAAACUUGACUCAGGAAGCUGCCGAUGAGAAAGCCAAAGCUGCUGGGUUGCCUGUCGAGGACGGAAACGGGGAGAAGACGUUCAAGGUAGUUAGUCGGGAUGAAUUAUUCUCCUCUGCUGAUGUAGCUACUGUCCAGCUGGUCCUCUCAGGCCGGUCUAGAGGUCUAAUAACAGCAAACGAUUUAGGAAAGAUGAAACAGUCGGCCCUAUUCGUAAAUACUUCAAGAGGCCCGAUAGUGGUGGAAGAGGAUUUACUCGAGGUAGCUAAGAAGGGAUCAAUACGUGGCAUAGGGAUCGAUGUGUACGAAAUCGAGCCACUGCCUACGGCUAGCGAGUGGAGGACGACGAGAUGGGGAGAAGGAGGUAGAAGUCGGGUGGUUUUAACACCGCACAUGGGCUACGUUGAGGAGGAAAAUAUUACGGAGUGGUAUCAGCAGCAGGUGCAAAACAUAUUACGAUGGCAGAAGGGUGAAGCAUUGGCCACCGUUUUUAGUGAUAAUGGGUACUAAGCAUUACGCUUUAUAAACUAAACGAGAAGUUACAGUGUUGCUCUUUCCGUAAAUACCAAAUAGUAUUAGACCGUGAUUGGUUGAUCCGUGUGGCCUUAGCCAUAAGUUGAAGUUGGCGGCAUGUCGUUGUCUGGUGACAUCGAGUUCAAUGUUUAGGUACAUGUACCUACCUGUUAUGUCCUGGGGAACAUACAACCUUAAGUACCUAAGGUGCCUACCUUAG